AUGCUCUUCAUCGGAAUAUCCCUCAACCGCUUUGAACUGGGGGCUAUCGAACGAGGAGGCAGAAGGGACGUUUCCUGGCCGCCAGUUUGGAACGCUCCCCACCUGGAGGUGGACGUGUCCGAGAGCACGGCUCGUUUAGCUGAGGUGGCCGACUCACUACACGACAGAUUAGAGUCGGAGGAUCUUCGUCGACCGCGGUGGAGGAUAUACUGUGACGUGGUCAGCUGUUGGAAAGAGUUAGCUCGCGUGCAAGGUGUGCCGGUUCACGGAGGGAGGAGCCUGAAGGGAGGACUGCACCUGCCGGUGGUUGCCACCGGGAGCGAGCUUGAUCUCGGCGAGGUGGGCGACGAGGACGAAGAGGGCCGGCGAAGGAGGCUGCACCCGGAGCGAUGCGAAUCGUCGGAUGCGAUACGGACGGGGCGGAUGCAGAGGGCCAGAAUCCAUUACUUACAUCGGAUAAUCGCCACGCCACGUGUGCGGCCGGCACAGGCUGGAAGAACAUGGCCCCGGGGAGGAACUCCCGCAGGCCUCACACGGCCGUCAGAUGCAGAGCUCGACGGCCCGCGCCCGGUGGAAUUUUCCAGAUCCGAAAACCGACGCCCGUCGCUGGAUCGAGAUCGAACGGCUCCGCGUGACCAACGGCAUCGAUGGAUUGAAUCUCCUGAAGGAGAAGGAGCGUCGCAGUCCGACGACCGGGACUCGACACGUGGUGUGACGGUCCCCCCUCCUGGUGGAAACUCUCGGAACGAAAGACGCACGGGGCUUAAAGGAGCUCGUGAGGGUCCGAGGGAAGGAGGAGAGAGAAAGGAUCUGACAGAGAGCGGUGAGGAAGGGAGAGAGAGAGAGAGAGAGAGAGUGGAAGAGAGGAAGAGGAACAGGGGAGAGAACAGGGGAGCGACGAAAACGUCGUGGACGGUGUCGAAUGCGACCGAGGAAUUGGAUUUGGAUUUGGAGUAA